CGAUUAUCUUCCCCUUCAAUCGAGGAGGAAUUGACAAUGGCGGCCACGUACGACGUCAACUGCGAGCUGCGUGGACACGAGGGCGCUGUCCGCUGCAUCUCCUCUCUGUCUAAUGAUCUCCUCAUGACCGGCGCUAUGGACUCCGUAGCUCGCCUCUGGCUGCGUGACUCCAGCUCCACCAUCGGCAGCUUUGUAGCAAUGGAGAGCGCUGUCAUUUUCGACCACGAGCACUGGGUCACGGCCAGUGUGGCGCUCGAAGGUGGUGGCUUCGCGACUGGCAGUAUGGACAAGAACAUCCGCCUUUUCGACGCCCAGGGCCAGCGCUACGGUCUCCUUCAAGGGCACGAGGGUGGAGUCAUCUCUCUUGCACUCUCCACGGACAAGAAACUGCUACUAUCCGGUAGCUGGGACGGCACGGCACGUGUCUGGAGUCUCGAGACGCUCCAGUGUCUACAGAUUCUACCCGGUCACGAGAACGGCGUGUGCGUUUUGGGUUUGCCCGAUGGCUCACUGGUCACAGGCUCCACUGGUCAACAGGUGGGCAACAGUGUGGCGGACUUCAAGCUGCGAUUCUGGGCCAAGGACACGUACGCACUGACCAAGACGCUAACAGACCAUCGAGGCCCCAUCAGACAGCUGGCUCUGGUACCUGAUCUCGGCUUCGUAAGCUGCUCCAACGAUGGAUCCAUUAAGCUGCGUACACUGGACGGAACUGUACUGGCCAGUAUGGAGCAUCCGUUAAAUGCUGAAGGCAAACCAGGCUUCGUGUUGGGUGUUUGUGUACUGAGCAACGGGUUCCUGGUAUCUGCUAGUGAAGACUGCACAGCGCGUGUUUGGUCGCCGGAAGGGGCUCUUAUUCAGACGGUGGAGCAUCCAGGAGGACUGUGGUGUGUUACUGCACUGCCGAAUGGAGACUUUGCUACUGGCUGUGACGAUAAAGUUGUGCGGGUGUUCACACAUGAUGCUGCACGUGUGGAUCCGAAUGCGGUGGCUUCGUUCGAGGCUGCAGUGGAGGAAGCGCGGAUCGCGAAGACUCGUGGACCGAGUGGCGUGGAGAUUGAGGCGCUUCCUGAUUACGAGCAACGUGCCAGUGUCAACGGGACUUCAGACGGACAGAUUCAGAUGUUCCGUCGGGGCUCGAAGGCGUGGGCUUGUCAAUGGAGCGGACCGUCGAGAACGUGGAUUGACAUUGGGGAAGUGACUGGAACUGGCGGUGGCGGUGUGGUAGACGGCGAGGCGUACGAUAUGGUGAUCCCUGUUGAGAUUGAACUGCCUGGUGGGUUAAAGAAGCUGGAGAUCGGAUACAACCAGGGUCAGAAUCCAUUCACGGUGGCGCAAACUUUUAUCGACAAGCACAUGCUGGACCAGGGAUAUCUGCGAGAAAUCGCUGACUACAUCACACAGCGUGCUGCCGAGUACCGUCCGCCUGUGCUCGGAAACGAUGAUAGUGCGUACUCUGCAGCUACUGGUGCCGCUUCUAGCGAGCCUGCUGUCACUGCCUCACGAUACAAAUACUUCCCUGUGUCUGGCUACAACACCUUCGAAACGAUUAAAAUUGCCAAGCUCAUGACCACGUUGCGUCAGUUUAACGACAAGAUGAAGGAGGCUCAGGCUCCAGAAGCUCUCAUUGACUCCCAGCUGAUCGCGCUUGACCAGAUCGUACAUACUGUCCAGGACACUGCGUUCUACCACUCGAGCACAUUCGCUCCCCCCGAGAUCACGACAUUGAAGAAUGCACUAGACAAGUGGCCUGCAAAGUUCGCCUUCCCAACGUUGGAUCUUCUCCGCCUUGUGCUGGUCCACCCACAGGGUCCAGCAGCUUUGGGUGAAGCUGGGUUAGACACACUUGUCACCAAGGUGUUGUCCUUGGGAUUGCAACCAGGACCCACUGAUGGCGACGACGCGAUUCCUGUGGCAACGCGUAUGCUAUCGUUGCGUGUGCUUGCAAACAUGUUCUUGCACGAUGAGGCUCGAAAGGCUAUUCUGGCUCACAAGACGGAGAUGCUGAGCAAAUUGCCGUCGUUCCAGACUUUCCACCACAAACUUGUGGCGCUGAGUCUGUCGACUGUUCUCCUCAACUUCGCGCGAGCACAAGUAGCAAGUCCAGGAGCCCUGCCACCCGAUGACCAGAUUGUGGUGGUCUCAUUGGCCGCCGACCUGCUCAACGGCUCGUACACUGUCCAGGAGUUAGGCGACGAUACGAUCCUGCGAUCACUUGUGGCCAUCGGCACACUGGCACAUUGUGGCGACGCCAAGGCAAAAGAAACGGCGGGUGUUCACAUUGCCAUUUUCACUGCUGCAAAGGCCAGCCAAGCCACUUCGCCCGUGGUACAGGAAUGUCUUGCAGAACUGCAACAGCUUUUGAGCUAAACUGAAGAUGUUAAACGCAUCAUUUUGACACAAUGGAAAAGAGAACUGCGUGAGGAAUGUG